GAGUUUUGAGGAUAAGCAUAUUCCUCCGGUACACCCAAAGCCAUGUCUGGGAUUGCCACCGGCUUCCCUUUCAAGACCAUACCUUUACUCCUCUCUUCCCUCGAAUCCAAGCUGUCUGGCAUUCAUUUCCGCAUCCCAAACACUUUCUCCUAUUAUUCUCUUCACUUCUCUGCUGCGCCUGCUAUAUCCGCCCGUUAUGGUGGUGGUAAUUUUCGGUCCUCCGCUCCCGGUCGUUCCAAGAAGAACGAUGAAGACCAGGCGCUUGAUUUAUCUAUCAUCAGGUCUGAUUCUGUCAGACUUAUUGAUGAGGAGCAAAAUAUGGUUGGGGUAGUGUCUAAAAGCCAGGCCAUUGGAAUGGCUGAAGAUGCAGGGCUCGAUUUGGUGAUAUUAUCCCCUGAUGCAGAUCCUCCUGUUGUCAGAAUAAUGGAUUACAAUAAGUAUAGAUAUGAACAGCAAAAGAAGAAGAAAGUACAGCAGAAGAAAACCAAUCGCAUGGAUCUUAAGGAGUUGAAAAUGAGUUAUAACAUUGAUGAACAUGAUUACGCUGUUCGUUUGAAAGCUGCAAGGAAGUUUCUGAACGAUGGUGAUAAGGUCAAGGUCAUGGUGAACUUGAAAGGCCGAGAAAACGAAUUUAGAAAUAUGGCUAUGGAACUCAUUAGGCGAUUCCAGAAUGAUGUUGGGGAGCUUGCAACUGAGGAAAGCAAGAACUUUAAAGACAGGAAUAUAUUCAUAGUUUUGGUUCCAAACAAGGCUGUUGUACAAAAAUCUCAACAAGAUCCUGGAAAGAAAAAAGAUAAACCGACCAAAAAUGAAGUCUCAGCUAGUGUCUGAGUAUCGAAUCUCGAAGAGUAUGUUUUUGGCGGCGUAACAGUCAGGCAGGUAGAUUAUGUUCUUCAACCAUGGGGUGUCCUGUCCUCAAAAAGUCUUUGUAUAGUAAAUUAGUCUGUCGCAACAUGUUUGAAUGUUUUAUUCUAUUCUAAUUACAGAACCAACCUUUUCUGCAUCAAAUAUUUGCUUCAUUUAAUAGGACCAGAAAUGAAUCAUCUUUCGUC